AUGCAUUGCCCAAAGAAGCUGCGGUACAGAUCAGUUGAUGGUUCUUGUAACAACCUAAGACAUCCAACUUGGGGACAGGCUGGAACAGCACAGAGAAGAUUGAAGGAUAUUAAUGGAAGACCGAUGGUAUCAUACGAGGACGGAAAAAAUUUGCCAAGAGGUUUCCCGAUUAGACUUCCCGAUCCACGGCUAGUUAGUAAUUUAGUUUCAGAUCCUGCAUUAGGACCAUUUAAUCAGUUUGAUGAAAUCAGAACGGGGCAACACAUGGCUUUCGGGCAAUUACUGGCGCAUGAUUUCAUAGAAACGGAUAUACCAUCAGAUUAUUGGGAGCAGAAAAAUCUACUUUCCUCCUACAUUGAUGCUUCAUUUCUGUAUGGAAGCCAACGGAAUUUGACUUUAGAGCUAAGAGUGCAUGGUAGCUUUUUGAUGAAAACAGACCCUGGAAAUCUUUUACCCACACAGAACGGAGGAAAGUGUUUAAAGUUAUCAAAACGGGAUAGAUGUCCACUUGCAGGCGAUAGACGAAACAAUGAAGCACCAAAUCUUGGUUUAAACCAUUUGCUUUUUGUCAGAGAGCAUAACCGAUUAUCUACGAAACUUCACGAGCUAAAUCCAUGUUGGAGUGAUGAAAGGGUUUUUCAAGAAACUCGUCGAAUUAUCAUAGCGCAAGUUCAACACAUUACGUAUAAUCAUUUUCUACCACUUGUUGUUGAUCAUGAUACAAUGAGACGAUAUAAUUUAUACUCCAAAACAAAUGGUUUUGAUCAUGUUUAUGAUGAUAGCGUGGAUGCAUCUACUCUCAACAGCUUUGGAAUAGCUCCAUGGCGUUAUGGACAUUCGCAGAUAAUGGCUGAACAAUCCGAACUAAAAAGUGACUACAUAACUAUAUUCGAACAUAAAAUAGAAGACAAUUUACAGAGUCCUCAUUUAUGGCAACGCAGUUAUGGAAAACAUGUUACAAGUCUUUCAAGAUGGCUUGCAACGAAACCAGCACUAAAAAUUGACAAUUUUCUAGUUGAAGGAAUACGUGACAAACUAUUCUUCAUCACGUCACCACCAGGUUCAGAUCUGUUUGCUUUAAAUAUACAACGAGGACGUGAUCAAGGUGUUCCUGCUUACAAUGAAUGGAGGAAAUUCUGUGGACUAAGAAAAUUCAGAAGUUUUGACGACUUUGGAAAAUUUGGCUCGAAUCUUGCAGCAGUUUAUGAGAAGGUGAAUGAUGUUGAUUUGUUUAUUGGUGGUCUUUUAGAAGAAGGCGAAAACGGUAGUGUUGGACCUACUUUUUCAUGUAUUAUUGGCAUUCAGUUUGAACGUUUCAAAGUUGGAGACCGAUACUGGUAUGAAUCAUCUGACCCGGAUUUUGCAUUUACAAAAGAUCAGCUGAAUUCUAUAAAAUCCGCUUCAUCAUUGUCCAAAAUAUACUGCACAAACUUAGGAUUGAAUGAGAUACAAGACGAUAUUUUCAAGAUUCCAUGUUCAAAGAAUUCAUUGUCUUACUGUAGAGACCUUCCUGAUUUAGACCUGGACUUAUGGAAAGACAAAACGUGUGCAUGGACCACAGAUCUCAGUGGUAGGGGUAAUCAUCCAACUGACUGCUGACCGAUGAAUAUAACUCA